CUAAUCUAGCCAUUGCUGAUAUACUUUCACGUGUCUCAAUUCUUUCCGGCCCCAGAGUCCAGCUCGCUCUCUCGCUGCUCUGGAGUUCCAAGCAAUCCCCGUCUCGAACGCAAAACCAAAAGGAUUUCGAUUCCCUAAUUUCCCAAUCGUGUUCGAUUUCUUUUCCCGGCGGUAGCUUCCAGUUCCAAUUCCACCCACCCGUCUCCGAGUUUCUGUCUUCUGUGGAAAUGGCGUUUUUCGGAUUCUAGGGUUUCCCGAAUCGAAUUUGCUAGCUACCGAAGUCACACUGUACCAGUUCUUCAUCUUGCUUAUCAAAAUCCUAGACAUGGCUAUCCGGGUUACCUUCAACUUCUCUGGCUUUGUCGCCAAAAAUCUAGCAUCCUCGGCCGGCCUUCGGGCCGGCCAUUGCCGCACCGCUCACGAGUGCUGGUUCCGUCCUCGGACCUUCGGUCCGAACGAGAAACCCGAGCUCGAUACGUCGGGCACGGUGCGCAAUUACCGAUCCGAUGUGAACCGUCCUAAACCGAAUAACUGGGGCAAAAAUUCGGCUUCUUUGUACUCCACUCUCGCCGGAGAGGUUCUCGGGGAUAAGUGCAAAAGCCCGAUUGUGCUGGGCUUGAUUUCGAUUAUGAAGUCAACGGCCUGCGCGUCGGGUACGUCGGCCACGGCGCUCGGCGUUUUCGGGGUAUCGCCCAUUAAGGCCCAGUCGAUUUUUCCCUUCUUACAGGGAUCGAACUGGCUUCCUUCUAGUAACGACUCGGCUAGUGGGGUUGUGGAUAAAGGGGGAACAAAGUGUUGUGAGGAGAGCUCAGAGUUCAAACACAAGACGUUUGAGAAUAGCGGGUGGUUGUCGAAGAUAUUGAGUUUCUGUUCGGAGGAUGCCAAGGCUGUGUUCACUGCUCUGACUGUGAGCUUGAUGUCCCAGUCGUUUUUGGCGGAACCGAGAUCGAUUCCGUCAUCUUCGAUGUACCCUACACUGGAUGUCGGCGACCGCGUAUUGGCCGAGAAGGUUUCAUACUUUUUCAGGAAGCCCGAUGUUUCAGAUAUAGUAAUUUUUAAGGCACCGAUAUUACAGGAGGCUGGCUUUUGUUCAGGCGAUGUGUUCAUCAAAAGAGUUGUGGCAAGGGCUGGAGACUAUGUUGAGGUUCAUGAUGGAAAAUUAUAUGUGAAUGGUGAUGUUCGAGAUGAAAAUUUCAUUUUAGAGCCACUUGCUUAUGAGAUGGAUCCUGUGCUUGUUCCUGAAGGUUCCGUCUUUGUGAUGGGAGACAAUCGCAACAACAGUUUUGAUUCUCAUAACUGGGGUCCGCUUCCUAUAGAAAACAUUAUAGGGAGAUCGGUGUUUCGUUAUUGGCCUCCAUCCAAAGUAUCAGACACAAUAUAUGAACCACAAGUGGGCAGGAAAGCAGUGGCAGUUUCUUGACAUAUUGCCUUCUGCUUGCAUGAUAAUGAUCUUUGGUGACGACUAUUUCAUCUGGAUGAUGAUUCUAGAACUUGUUUAUCCUUUCUUUUGCCUCAUCUCUAAGCAGUUGUGAACAUUCAACCCUUUUCCCAUCAUGUGCCUGGCUGACUUCAAUUGGUUCUUGAUGGGUACCUUGUGUAUCAGUCUCUUUUUGGAUGGCCAAGCUGUCUGCCGGUGCUGCAUGAAAAGUGGGAAGAGAGGAAUGUAGGAAACAUAUUUAGCAUUCCUUUAUCUCAUACGUAUAUUUCUAUGGUUAUUAUCCGUGGGGGCGUUAAAAUGCACUUUGCUAGUCAAGGACUCAAAAUGAGCUUGCAGUAAUCAAGGAGUUAGGCUUUGGAGGGCUCAAAUAUCUGCGGGGUGAUGGUUUACGAUGAAGUCCGGUGCUGCCAUCGACUAGACUUUGGUGCAAAAGUUCUGAUUCUCUUAGAUGUUGUCUUCGAAGUUUCCUUGAUGAUGAUGAAUGGGUGAAGUGAUGAAGUCUGGCGGGUACUCUACUAUCAUGCUGGAUUGCUCAUGAAUUUAUCCAUACCGGCAUACAGCAUCGCAUCUCUGGUCGACAAUCUAACCAACUCAUCUUAAAAAUGUUCAUGGCAAGUGGGUGGUUCUCAGAGCUAGCUUUAAUUCCCCAUUGUUAUAUGCAUGUUGUGGAUCAAAUAGUCGGAGUGAUUAUUGUUAUAAGUGUGUAAUAAAUGUCUAUAUUUCUGUUUGGAAACCAUCUGUGGGUAACUGCAUAUACCAAAACAGACCAUUACACCCAAUUCUGGGUGGUUGUUUGUAUCGACUUUUGCUCAUGUAUUUCAUCAACUUCCACAUUGUUUGAUGCUCUUUUAACUCUUUUUUA